AUGGGCCUUUGGAUCCAGAGGAGCCAGCAAUCGAAUUGGUUGCCGCGGCUGGAGCAGCGGCAGCAGGAGGACUGGAGGAGGAAGGUGAUGCUGCGAAGAAUAAGCGGAAGCAGUGCUCAGGAUCUAACGGGGAUGGCUGCAGCGGCAGCGGGAGCGAGGGGCAGCGGCAGCAGUGCUGAGGACUCAGUGGAGGAUGCCUCGUUCACGUUUAGUUUUGAACCAGCGUUGUACAGAGAGGCAUCCAACAAAAUGGCGUCUCCAAAUAUGAGCAGUGCUAGUGCAAGUGCUAGUGGUACCGUAGGAUCUGCAGCCACAAACACAACAGAUAUCAAGUCUUCACUUUGGGAUCAUGUGCAAGAAUCUGGUGGAAAGAUCCAAGUCAAGAACUGUUUCUUUGCCUAUUGCUCCUUCCUCAAGCAAACAUCACUGACAACAACAAGAGGAACAAGAGGGGUCUAUUUCGCAUUGGAAAAAGCUUGGGCAUUGGAAGACCGUAAGCACUUGGAUGCUUUAAUUAGUAGAUCAAUUUAUUCGGAUGGGUAUCUUUCAAUUUUCCGAGAAAUCCAUAUCUUCGAGAAGCCUUUUACCUUUGCUUGCGUAUUGCGCAAUAUGCAAGGUUAUGUGAUUCCUGGUUACAACAAAGUUAGGGAGGGACUUCUAAAGCAAGAAAGGAGGCACAUAGAGACUUUGUUGGAGAGCACAAAGAACACAUGGGCAAAGAAGGGAGUCACAAUCUGCUCGAUGGUUGGUCGAUCCUCGAGGCGACCAAUCAGCAAUUUUGUUUGUUGUUUCGACAAGGCACCUAUGUUCUUGAGGGCUGAUAAUUGUGAAGGUUGGUACAAAUCAAAAGAAUACAUUGCUGAGAAGUUGAGGGGUAUAAUUGAAGAAGUAGGUCGACAUAAUGUAGUACAAAUCAUUACAGACAAUGCUGCAAAUUGCAAAGGUGCUGGUCUCAUAAUAGAAUCUGAGUAUGAUAACAUAUUUUGGACACCAUGUGUUCUGCAUACCCUCAAUCUUGCUAUGAAAAAUAUAUGUGAACCUAAAAUAGGAAACAACCCUUCUGAUGAAGAAAUAUUUGCUUGGAGGGAACUUGAAUUUGAUGUUAAAACUGAGGCUACUAUGAUAAAGAAUUUCAUAAUGAAUCAUGGCAUGCGGCUUUCAAUGUUCAAUGAGUUCAGCCGUUUGAAGUUACUUUCUAUUGGUGAAACUAGAUUUGCCUAUGUUGUAUGUAUGUUGAAGUGGUUUGUUGAGAUUUUUCCAUUCACUAAAAUCAUAAUGCCAAAUUGCAGAUAUUAUAGCAAAAAGUGGCUUGACGAAGAAGAACUGAUGCAUACAAAGACAGGAGAGACAAGGAUGUGGGAUGUAGGAGGGGAUUCUUUUGAUUCACUUGGUGAUAUUGGCAUUCUUGAAGUGGUUGACCUGUCCCUUGAUGAACCUGAAUUGCAAGCUGUGUCUUUUGGUUUGGAUGAUCCGCAUGUUCAUGUUGUGGAUGACAAUGAAACAAAUGAGGAAUAG